AAACAUAUCACACGAGGCAUGAAGUUCUUCUAAAAUGCCACUGAGGCCUAUACCUUUGGCCCUCAAAACUCUAACACGAACCUUCCCUGUUCUCAGCCGUGCUUGCCAAAGCCGCUCAGUGCAUCUAGCACCCCCUUAUCUCCUUGAUGAAUAUAUACCACGGCAUCAACUUUUAUCAUCAGUGGAUGCAGCAAAGAAGCGCUCUAAGGCAUAUGCCCAUUUGAGGAACUGCAAUUUGUGCCCCCGACUAUGCGGAGUAAACCGGUACGAAAAGACAGGUUAUUGUCUAAUACCUGGAGAGACUGUGAAAGUCAAUGUGAUUGCGCCGCAUUUCGGAGAAGAGCCAUGCAUUCAGGGGUCAAGAGGGAGCGGCUCAGUGUUCUUCUCGAUGUGCAACUUGAGAUGCACAUUUUGUCAAAACCACGACAUUUCACACCAACGUAAUGGAUUUAAUCUAACACCAGAGGAGUUGGCAGAGUGGAUGUUAAAACUACAGAACGUAGGGCAGGUCCACAACAUCAACUUUGUCACCCCGGAACAUGUAGUUCCACAAGUGGCCCUGGCGAUCCUCACCGCUGCGGACAUGGGUCUCAAAAUACCUAUCAUAUACAAUACGUCUGCAUUUGACUCCUUAGAUUCCAUAGCUCUACUAGACGGUCUCAUCGAUAUAUACCUUCCAGAUUUCAAAGUCUGGAAGACCAGUUCUUCCAAGCGGCUCUUGAAGGCAGAUAACUAUACUGAAACGGCGAUGGAGAGCAUUAAAGCGAUGCAUGCACAAGUCGGGGAUUUGAGUUUUACCUCUGACGGUAUUGCGAAACGUGGGGUGCUCCUUCGACAUCUAGUAAUGCCAGGGAUGGAAGACGAAGGGCGGGAGAUCGUGCGUUGGCUGGCUGAGAAUGUAUCGAAGGAUUUAUAUAUUCAUAUUAUGGAGCAGUAUCAUCCCGAUGCUCACGUUGGCAAGAAGCGACGAGGAAAAACUGGUGGCCAAGAGAUUCGGUAUGCGGAAAUCAAUCGUGCGAUCAAUGAUAACGAACUAGACGCUGUCAAGAACGCGGCUAGGGAUGCGGGCCUAUGGAGACUGUGUGAGCCAGCGGAGCAUGCAAGCUUUUACGUAUGA